GGUGAGGUUGGAUUGGAGAUGUAUAUCGUGAAGCAAGGCUAUGUUGAAGUUGUCGGAGGCCCAAAUAACUCUACUGUGUUCGUCACAUUAAAAGAGGGGAGUGUCUUUGGGGAAAUAAGUCUGUUAGCUAUAAAAGGAAAGAAUGUUAGAACAGCGACAGUUCGUUCAAAGGGUUAUUCAACUCUCUUUCGACUUACCAAAUCUGACUUUGAAGAGGCCAUGAAGAACUACCCCAUUGCCUACAAGCUCCUCAAACGCAAAGCUCAAAAAAUGCUACAAAAGGAUAAGAAGAAGGAGGAGGAGGAGGUGAUGAAGAAAAAGGAGAAAGGGGAGUUGGGGAGAACUGGAAGCAUGGAAAUUAUUCCCGAUCACCGGAGACUGUCUAGUAUGCCUAUGGUUGUUGAUCAGGUCAUAGAACGCAAGAGGAGUAUGCUGCUUCAGAAGGCGAUUAAAUUAAAAAUUGAUCUCGAUGAUGAGACCACCUUGAACCUGGACCUCAGCAGUUUACCGGAUGAAAGUGAGGCCGACAUAGAAUUUCCAGAAGGAGUGGAAUUUAGCGAUGAGAGCUGA